CGGGGUCGACUGAAGAUGGCGGCCACCGAAAGGGGUUGGUGGUUGUGCGAGUUACUGAGAAUACUGUUCAAGACCAGUCGGCAUGGCUCAGUGGAUAAGCAUCAACCUAUAAAUCAGGAUGUCACAGUUCAAUUCCCGGUUAGGGCACAUGCCUGGUUUGGGGCUCAAUCCCCACUGUGGGCAUGCAGGAGGCAGCCGAUCAAUGAUUCUCAUCAUUGAUGUUUCUAUCUCUCUAUCCCUCUCCCUUCUUCUCUGAAAUCAAUUAAAAUAUAUUAAAAAAAAAAAAAAAGAAGAAGAAGACAAAGAAGCCAUAGCCGGUUUGGCUCAGUGGAUAGAGCAUUGGCCUGCUGACUGAAGGGUCCCAGGUUCGAUUCCGGUCAAGGGCACUUACCUUGGUUGCAGGCUUCUCCCUGGCCUGGGCCCUGCUCAGGGCUCGUGUAGGAGGCAACCAGUUGUGUUUCUCUCACAUUGAUGUUUCUCUCUGUCUUUCCCUCUCUCUUCCACUGUCCCUUAAAAUCAAUGGAAAAAUAUCCAAGGGUGAGGAUUAAAAAAAAACAAAUAAAUAAAAAGUAAAAAAAAAAAAAAAAGUAUCCGUCAACAUUUCAUGUAAUACUGGCUUGGUAGUGAUGAACUCCUUUAGCUUUUUCUUGUCUGUGAAGCUCUUUAUCUUACCCUCAAUUCUAAAUGAGAGCUUUGCUGAGUAGAGUAAUCUUGGUUGUAGGUCCUUGCUAUUCAUCACUUUGAAUAUUUCCUGCCACUUCCUUCUGGCCUGCAAAGUUUCUCUUGAGAAAUCAUCAGCUGACAGUCGUAUGGGUCAUUCCUUUUAAGUAACUAACUGCUUUUCUCUUGCUGCUUUUAAGAUUCUCUCUCUGUCUUAAACCCUUGGCAUUUUAAUUAUGAUGUGUCUUGAUGUGGGCCUCUUUGGGUUCCCCUUGUUUGGGACUCUGCACUUCCUGGACUUUAAGUCUAUUUCAUUCACCAGAUGGGAGGUUUUCUGCUAUAUUUCUUCAACUAGGUUUUCAAUAUCUUGCUCUGAUAAUGCAAAUGUUGGUACGCUUCUAGUCGUCCCAGAGACUCCUUACACUAUCUUCAUAUUUUUGGAUUCUUUUUUCUUUUUGCUCGUCAAAUUGGGUGUUUUUUGCUUCCUCAUAUUCCAAAUAGUUGAUUUGAUUCUCGGAAUCCUCUACUGUUGAAUUCCUAUAAAUUAUUCUUUAUUUCAGUUAGUGUAUGCUUAAUUUCUGACUGGUCCUUUUUCAUGUCUUUGACAUUCUCACUAAGCUCCUUGGAAGUCUCACUAAGUGCCUUGAAGCUCUUGUAAAGAUCCUUGAUCAACCUUAUAACCAUUUGUUUUUAACUCUGUGUCCAGUAGUUUGCUUGCUUCCAUUUUGUUCAUUUGUGACUUGUUUCUUUGUCUGCUUCCCUGUGUUUUGGCUGCUUCCCUGUGUUUGUUUCUAUGUAUUAGGUAGAGGUGCUAUGUCUUCUGGAAUUGGUCUUGUUCAGUAGGUGUCCUGUAGGGCCCAGUGGCUCAGCUUCCCCAGUCACCUAUGCUGGGCACUCUAGGUGUACAACUGGGUGGGCUGGGGCAUAGUCUUGUAGUUAAGCCUCUAUUGCUGUUGGUAUCACUGGGAGGAGUUGACCUCUAGGCUAGUUGGUUGUAAGGACCAGCUGUGACUACAGUGGGAGAGCUGCUGUGCAGGAGACAUCCCUAUGGAGUAGGAGUUGCUUCAGUGGACUUUGGUGCUCACUGAGUCUGCCUCUUGAGUGUGUCACUUGUGAAUGUAUAGAGUUGUAAUCUGGUAUGGUCUGAAGCUGUCCACCAGGUGCACUGGCUCUGGGGCCUCCACGGAGGUGCAAAAUCAGCCACUGCUGGGGCCACCUGGCAGUAGCUACAGAGGGAUCUGUAUAUGGCUGCUAUUUGUAUUGGGCUUGGUGGUACCCAGGCAUGGCCCAGCUGUGAAGCAAAGCAGGCUGGUGCUAGUGCUGGUGGGUCUUGGGCCUUUUAUUGAUAGGUUUGAGGCACACUGACACCAGCUGCAACUCUUUGGAGAGAUUUUAGCAAAGUGUGAUGCAUGAGCCAGGACAAGCCAUUCAUAUGGAAAAGCUACUGCAAACAGCUUGGGUGAGGUUUCAAAUUGGAUGGGGCGGGAUCUCAGGGUAUCAUCAGGGUUGGAGCAAACAGUGUGAAGCAGACUAAGGGAUACUCAGAUAUGGCUGCCAGUCAGCCCUGCGAUGGAGGAGUUCCCAGCACAGGAACAAUGACUCCAACAACACCCUUGAAUGGAAGCCUUCCCCGAGUUCCUGCCCUGAUACCGGACAAUCCAGUUCCUCCCAGUAUGUGUCUGGGUCCCCCAAAGCCAUCCGGUGCUGGAGCUCAGAGGGAUAAAUCUGAGUAAGCUUGUGCAUUGGCCCUUUAAAAAGAACACCUGGAUCUCCAGCAGCCUCCGUGUCACUCAGCCACAGUCCCUGCUGUUUUUUAUUGGCCAUAUAGUUUCAGGAACUUCACUUCCCAGUUCUGGAACCCUAGGCUGGGAAUUUGAUGUGGGCCUCGGACACCUUGCUCCUCACAGGCAACCUCCACAGAGAUAGUCUCCCUCCCGAUUAAAAAAAUGGCACACGUGGGUGUUGGACCAGCCUGUUCUGUGCCUCUGCCCCUCCUACUAUCUCAGUGUGCUUCUUUUCGUUACUUCUCUAGUUUAGGACUUCCAUUCAGCCAGCUUUCAGGUGGUUCUGAAUGAUGGUGGUUCUGUAUUUUAGUUGUAAUUUUGAUGUGGUUGUGGGAGACAGCAAGUACAGGUGUUUACCUAUGCUGCCAUCAUGGUUUUCAGCAGUUUACUCUUAAUCUCCCUUAUUGCAUUGAAAUCUUUCCAGGAUUUCUGAUUGGUUCUUUUUUAAAGUUUCAAUCUCCUUGGCAAAGUACUCAUUUUGUCCAUUGAUUUGUUUUCUGAGUGCAUGGAAUUGCCUAUCUGUAUUUUCUGACAUCUCAUUGAGUAUUUUCAGAACUGCAAUCUUGAGAUCUCUGUCAUUUAUAUCACACAUUUCCAAGUGUUCCAACUUGCUUUCUGGGGAUUUUUCAUGUCCUUUCUGGUCAUCCUCAUUAUUAUGGUUAUUCAUGGUAUUUGCUGUUCUCCUUUGCUGUUCUCCAUCAAUAUAUUAUUUUCCAGUAGAUAGCCCUGAAUUGCAAACUUUUUUAUCUCUUGUGAUCUCCCAGUCUUGACCACCAUGGCUUCCAUAAUACAGUAUAGCCAUGCUACUUGGGAGUGGGAUUUUUUUGCCCUCACCAUAAUGGAGACCCCUGACAUCCAUGGGGUCCUGCCCUAAGCACCCCUCCUAGGGUUCAGUCACAGAGGGAAACAGUGGUUCUACUCCAACAGCUCUUGGUCUACAGAUAGUAUGCUCCUGGACCCAACUCUAAGGGCAAUGGGAGGUGAGUUUGGGGGGUCCAAGUGCAUCAGGGCUCUAUGGUUCUAUUUCUUGGUCUGAAACACAGAGCUGCUGGGUAGAACCCCAUGUUCUGCCGGGCAUCUGCUGACUCAGAAACUGUUCACACCUUUGCAACUCGCCCUGUUGGGUCCUCAGACCCCCACCCCUACCCCCCACAUAACUCUUUGUUGCUCCCAGCCAAAGGAAGCGCUUACUACCACCAGUUUCCUUCCCUUUCAAGGCUGAGACUCGAGCUCUUGGCUGAAGCGCUGUGUCUGCAAGCUGUCUGCGCUUUCCUCCCUCCUCAUCUUCCCAGUUGCCCACCUUUAGGUGUUUCAAGGCACAGACCUUUCAUGCAUGCGUCUGUGUUGAACAGGGAUUUCUUUGUUGAAUUAUAGUUGGUUUCCUUGAUAUUUCAGGGUGAGCAGCCAAGGGGCUCUCUCACACACCAUUCCUCUGACAUAACUUUCACCAAACUUUUAACUAAUGCAAUACUGAUCAUUCAAGAAGACAUAUUUUGCCCUGGCUGGUGUGGCUCAGAUGGUUGAGCAUCAUUCUGUGUGCUGAAAGGUAGCUGGUUUGAUUCCUGAUCAUGGCAUAUGCCCGGGUUGUGGCUCAAUCCCUCCUAGGAAGAUUGUAGGAGGCAGAUGAUCAAUGUUUCUCUCUCACAUUGAUGUUUAUCUCUCCACCACCCCUCCCCCCACCCCAACCUCCCUUCCUCUCUCUUUACAAAUCAGUAAACUAGUCUUUAGAGAGAGAGACAGACAGACAGAGAGAGAGAGAAAGAGAGAGAGAGAGAGAAAGCUCUCAGUCCGACAUCUUAUCAAAGCAGCAGCAGAGGCCCUGCUCUCCAAGUCUCAUAAUGCCGCCCAAGGACAAGAAGAAGAAGAAAAUGUGGGCCAAAAAAGACAAAGACCCAGUGAACAAGUCCGGGGGUUUUUUUAUUCAUUAUUCUUCCCUGGGCUAAUUGUAUGUGGAAUUUUAUGUUUGUGUUUGAUCCUUAUCCUUUGGGGAAUCAGAGUGCUGCUACAAAGAAAGAAAAACUCAGCAUCAACUGGCAAAAAAGGGGAAGAUCAAAUGGUGAUUGCAUUUUUUCAUCCAUACUGCAAUGCUGGCGGAGGAGGAGAAAGAGUUUUAUGGUGUGCAUUAAGGGCCCUGCAGAAAAAGUAUCCUGCAGCAGUUUAUGUUGUUUAUACUGGUGAUGUUAAUGUCAGCAGUGAACAAAUACUAGAAGGUGCUUUCAGAAGAUUUAACAUCAGAUUAACUCACCCAGUGAGGUUUGUUUUCUUAAGGAAACGCUACCUUGUGGAAGAUUCUCUCUAUCCUUACUUCACACUGCUGGGCCAAAGUCUAGGGUCCAUCUUUCUUGGCUGGGAAGCCCUGAUGCAGUGUGUCCCUGAUAUUUACAUCGAUUCCAUGGGAUAUGCUUUCACACUUCCUCUGUUUAAGUAUUUAGGUGGUUGCCGAGUUGGAAGCUAUGUUCAUUAUCCCACUAUCAGCACUGACAUGCUCUCGGUAGUGAAGAAUCAAAAUGCUAGAUUUAAUAAUGCAACCUUCAUUACCAGGAAUCCUUUUCUCAGCAAAGUAAAGCUCAUCUAUUACUAUUUAUUUGCUUUUCUUUACGGACUUGUUGGUUCCUGCAGUGAUAUAGUCAUGGUCAAUUCUUCUUGGACAUUAAACCAUAUUCUCUCACUGUGGAAGGUUGGGCAUUGCACUAACAUUGUUUAUCCACCUUGUGAUGUGCAUACAUUUCUGGACAUUCCCUUAGAGGAGAAAAAGAUGACCCCAGGACAUUUACUGGUUUCUGUUGGCCAGUUCAGGCCUGAAAAGAAUCAUCCUUUGCAGAUCAGAGCCUUUGCUAAAUUGUUGAAUAUGAGGAAGACUGAGUCACUUCCUUCACUUAAACUUGUCCUCAUUGGAGGUUGUCGUAACCAAGAUGAUGAAUUUAGAGUAAACCAACUGAGAAGACUAUGUGAAGACCUAGGAGUUCAAGAAGAUGUGGAAUUUAAAAUAAAUAUUCCAUUUGAUGAAUUAAAGAAUUACUUGUCUAAAGGAACAAUUGGUUUGCAUACCAUGUGGAAUGAGCAUUUUGGAAUUGGAGUUGUUGAGUGUAUGGCAGCUGGCACAAUUAUCCUUGCACACAAUUCAGGGGGCCCGAAGCUUGACAUUGUCAUUCCUUAUGAAGGGGAAGUAACUGGGUUUCUGGCUGAAAGUGAAGAAGGCUAUGCUGAGACUAUGGCUCGUAUUCUUUCCAUGUCUGAGGAGCAGAGACUCCAAAUCAGAAACAAUGCACGUGCGUCUGCAAGCAGGUUCUCCGAUCAGGAGUUUGAGGUGACAUUCCUGUCAUCUGUGGAGAAGUUAUUUAAAUAAUGCCGUAUCUGGACAAAUAAAAGAUGGGUAAUCUUUUUCUUUUUCUUUUUCUUUUUCUAUUUAUAUAUAUAUAUAUAUAUAUAAUGGGAGAGUAUGAUUGAUCGGCUGCCUCCUGCACAUCCCAUACUCGGGGUUCAAGCCCGCAACCCGGGCAUGUGCCCUGACUGGGAAUCAAACCAUGACAUCCUGGUUCAUAGGUCGACACUCAACCACUGAGCCACGCCAGCUGAGCUAGAUAGGUAAGAUUUUUCUAAACUCAUUCCUCCUUGUAAUAAAAUCAGCCUAAGCAACACUCUUUAGAUAUGUAGGCAAUGUAUUUAUUUUAAAGAAAAAAGGCAAAAGUACCUAAAUAGAAAAGGUAACCUUAUAUGUUUAAAUGUAAAAAUUUUAGAUUAGUGCUUGAUCUCAAAAUCUGAAAAAUACAAUCUUAAAGAAAAAAAGAUGAACAAUCUUAAUGUUGGUAUAAUCUGUAUUUUUUAAAUCUGUUUAGUAACCAGAAAAGAGAAUUACCUUCUGGAAAAAAAGGAAAUGUUAAAUAAAAAAUUGAUGACUGGUAAUUGAUUAGUAAUUUAGAAUUGUACAUUUUUGGAACACAGGAAAAUUCUGGUACAUUUAAAUUUAGACAGUAUUGUAGAGGACCAUUUUGAAUAUAUCUAAUGAGUUUCUUAAAAGAAAAAAGGAAACUUUAAGCAGGCUUAAUAUUCUAAAAGUCAAAAGAUGAACUGACUGUGAUUGCUUUGUGAAUGUGCAUAGGCAUGUAGAGGUCAAGGUAUUGCUGGUAAUCAUUUCCUAUUUGUGAAAAUAGUUUUUUGUUUAGAGCUAUCAGUACAUUUGUAUGGGUCUUUCAUUAUUCCUUAACACUUCCACAUCUCAGAGGCUAGAAGUCAGCUUUACGUCGAUCAGGAGGUUUGAGUAAGAACAUCACAAUUAGUUGUUUUUUCAUAGUGAUGAUGUAACAUACACUUCCAUGUGCACAGUCCCUAUGACCAGCAUUAUGCAUUGUAAGGUGAAAAGGUGGCAUUCUGAAGAGAGCACUGGGCUAGUAGGUAGCAUACCUGGGCCUGACCUCAGCUUCAUUUACAAACGUCUGAUUUUUUUACGUUAAAGCUUUUCCUUAAUCUUUCUGAGUAUCACCUAAAAUUCUUCAUCUAUAAUCUGGACAUGGUAAUGCCUGUCCUCCCUGCCUUUUCGAGUUCUGAUACUGACAUGGAAAGUAUGUGAAAGUACUUUGAAAAUUAUAAAAGUAAAAGUUACUUUAACUAAAGGUAACAGCCCUGGCCAUGUGGCUCCAUUGGUUGGAUUGUCGUCUUGUACACCAAAAAGGUUGUGGUUUGAUCCCCAGUCAGCGUGCAUAUGGGAGGCAACCAAUUGAUGUUUCUCACAUCAGUGUUUCUGUCUCCCCCCUUCUCUCUCUAAAAUCAACUAAUGUAGCAAUAUGUAGAAAGUAUCUUCUGUAAUCCUAUCUUUAUCACUGCAUUAGGGCCAUGUGUGAAUUCUUGGUUACUAAGCCAGUAGCAAGGAAUCAGUAUAAUUUAGCAGGACUUCUAUCCUGAAUAACUAGUAUGAAAAGUAACUAAUAUAUGCAUAUGAACAGCAAUGGCAUAGAGAUCCACAACUUUUGGCAUUCUCUGCAUACAUAGUCAAUUCCUUCUAGUUCAGUGACUUGACCUCUUUUCCAGUCUGAUACCUCUUUGUGUUAGGGUUAUGUUAAAGAGGUAUGUUUUUCCUUUUCAGUCCUCUCUCCAUGUGUAGAUCCAGCCAUUUUGUUAUCUACUCUCAAUUACAUUGGCCUGCAGUAGAUGGCCUGCAGACAACUCAUCAGAUCAAAAGGCAGCAAAUCCGAGUCCCAAGAUGUUCUGACACACCAACAUAGCUUUGUAUUGGAGGUUAUUCAGUUUAGAAAAGAAAGACUGUUGGAAAUUGGAGCUGAAAGGAAUGUUACGAAUUCUCUAGUCCACUUUGCUUUUAUUUUCAACUUUAUAGACAAGAGCAGUUUAAAGAAUUUAGACUCCUUCAGUAUCACAAAGCUGUUUAAUGACAAAAUCAGGAUGAUAACCUGGGUGUUCCCAGCCUAGUGCUUUCUUGUAUGUUACACCUAGUCUUUUUUUUUUUAAUCUUUAUUGUUGAAAGUCUUACAUAGCUCCUCCUUUCUCCCCCAUUAACCUCUUCCAGCCGGCUCCCACCCUUACCCACCCAGACCCUCACCACCCCAUUGUCUGUGUCCACGGGUUAUGCAUAGAUGCAUACAAGUGCAUUGGUUGAUCUCUUCCCGCCCACCCUCCGCUGCCUUCCCUGAGGUUCAACAGUCACACCUAGGCUUUGAGGUAGGAUUCAUAUACCAUUGUCCACUCAGCCUACCCAUCUGCCCAGAGAAAAUCAUGGGACAAAGACAAAGAAAUUGAAAUUGAACAUAAAUAGAGGAUGUAGUAAGUAAGAAAGGAUUCUGAAAUGCCAGAAGACAUUUUUAAGCUUGUUUCUUUAAAACAAUUUUUAUCACAAACAUUAGAAAUAUAAAUUGCAUAUAUGUUUACUUCAAUGUUCCUAAUGCAAGCAUGUCAAACUCAAAGGCUAACACGGGCCAAAUAAACAAGGUUUAAGUUUAUGUGAGCCAAAAGAAACAUAAGCUUCAAUUUUCAUAGAAACAUAGGUUUAUUUCGAUAGAGACAUGUUGAAUGCAAAGGGCUGAAAUAAAUGAGUGAUCGUUAACAUAAAAUAAUAGAACAUUUUAAUAAAAAUUAAUAUUUUUUCUUGAACAGUAACUUACCAGACACUGAAUAACUGCACAAAUUAAUAAGUGUAACACAAAUAAACCUAUUUUUCUUCUUCUCUGAAAGCGAAAUAUUUCCUGUGGCUCACACCAAAUAAGUCAGUACAAGACUAAGAACAUGGCAAUCGGCUACUAAAGUAUUUGCUGCUAGUAUUAGUGGAGAGAAAUGGUGCGCCUGCACGUAAGGCACGUAAGGGAAAUGAAUGCAACGUGAUUAUAGUAAUAAGUCAUUAGCGAAUGUUGUAGUUAUUAGUAAUUAUGUAUAACAGGAUAUUGUAAAAAUUAUGUUAUGAAAUUUUUAUUAAAACGUUUCUUACAUACCGUUAUAUUGUCUGGGCCACAAAAAUAUUCCUGUGGGCUGCAUGAGGCCCAUGGGCCACGAGUUUGACAUGUUUGUCCUAAUGUGUUGUUUUGUUUUUGUUUGUUCAUUUUUUCAGAAUGAUUGAUACCAUGACAAAUGUCAAAACAAUAUGUCAGCUACUGUCUGGAGCAGGGGUCCUCAAACUUUUUAAACAGGGGCCAGUUCACUGUCCCUCAGACCGUUAGAGGGCCGGACUAUAGUUUUAAAAAAAACUAUGAACAAAUUCCUAUGCACACUGCACAUACCUUAUUUUGAAGUAAAAAAACAAAACGGAAACAAAUACAAUAUUUGUAUUUGCAUGUGGCCCCCGGGCCGUAGUUUGAGGACCCCUGGUCUGGAGGAAGUCUGAGUGACUAUUCCUAUAAGAUGUUGCUUCUGAGUGGGCUGUUUUUUUGAACCCACAGCAGUAGUUAAUCACAUCCCUAUUUCCAGUUGUGCGUGUUCUUUGUAUCUGAAUAUGACCUACUGGAGUGAUUUUCGUUUUCUUGGAUACUUUUUCCAGUAUGGUGUGUUUAUAUCCCUCAUGUAAUCUCCCAAUGCUUUUAUUUAUUAUCUAAUAUUGCAAGCUUCACCUGCCAAGAAAAUUUUUUUUAAAGAAUUUUAUGGCAAAACCAAACAAUCUUGUCUCUUGUGUCCAAGAAGAAUAGGUUGGCAGGUUUUUUAAAUAACUGUUUUAAAAUGAAUAUUUCAGACAUACAAAAACAUUUUUGUGAAGCAGAGCUUCAUAUACUUUACUUUAAUAAUGUUUAGUGUAUUUUACAAAAUCAUCUUAUAGACAAAAUUAUGAAGUAGGGGCCAGUAUGAUUAUCAGUGCUUUCAGAAUAUUUGUUUAAUUAUGUAAAUGUACCUUAAACUCCAGAACUAUAAUGUGAAUAAAUAAAUGAGAGUAUGCCUGUGCUAAA